UCUCCGCCGGAGGUAGCGUGCGGUAGCGUGGCUUUGGCUUUUCAGAUGAUGUGCAGCAGAGCAAAAGAUGUAACAAUGCCAGCAAAGCUUCCAGUGAACUUUUUCUCCACAAGAUCUCCAGUCAUUGAUCUUUUUCGGGGACAGUUGGACUAUGCAGAUCACCUUCGUCAGGACUCAGAAAUCGUGCUGUAUUUUUUCUACGCGCCAUGGUGUGGCCAGUCCAUUGCAGCAAGAGAAGAGAUAGCACGUGUGGCUAGCAGGUUGUCAGACCAGGUGCUGUUUGUGGCUGUAAAUUGCUGGUGGAACCAGGGGAAAUGUAGGAAGCAGAAGCAUUUCUUUUAUUUUCCUGUGAUACACUUAUACCAUCGGAGUUUUGGACCAAUUGAAUACAAAGGCCCAAUGAGUGCUGUUUAUAUUGAAAAGUUUGUUCGCCGGGUGAUGACACCACUACUCUACAUCUCGUCUCGAUCAAAAUUGCUAGAUUUCCUCUCAAAUUAUGAGCCUGGAGUUCUAGGGUUUUUUGAGUUCAAUGCUUCACCUCAACCACCUGGUUAUUUAACAUUCUUCACUUCAGCAUUGCAUUCAUUAAAGAAAGAUUACCUUGGGACACUGCGCUUUGGAGUGAUCACGGACAGACGUGUUGCAGAGGAGAUCUCCUUGGUGCAUUCAGGCACUGUGUACCUGCACAGGCACGCCAACACUUCUCUUAUCUAUCCAAAUGACCCCAUGAACUAUACUGCUGAGAACAUUUGCAAGUGGGCUUUGGAAAAUCGAGAGAUGCUCAUACGCUGGCUGAGGCCACAUGGUGGAAAAAGCCUUCUUCUAAACAAUGAGCUGAAGAAAGGACCAGCACUUCUCAUAUUUAUACCUUACAAUCCCUUAGCAGAAAUCCACCCUCUUCUAGAUGAAAUUACCAAAGUGGCCUUGGAAUACCACAACUGUAAUAAAAGCCAGGCAGCUGAGCCAGAUCUUCAACGCUUCGGAGACACUGAUUCACCAGUUUCCGACUCCUCUGUACCAGAUGCAUAUAUGAAAUUAUCAGAAACAUUUUCUAUAACCAAGUACCCAUGUUGUAACACAGUGGUGCUUCCACAGUGGCAUUCAAUAUCCAGAACUCACAAUGUCUGUGAGCUUUGUAUUAACCAGACACUUGGUGUCAAACCAAAUAAAGUUCAUGUGCCACACUGUAACUUUUUAGAGAUAGAAGCAGCUUUGGACUCUUUCUACCUCCAGGAACAUACCUUUUUUCAAGUUAUAUCAAAUACCAUAGAAUGCAGCAAUUUCUUAAGUUUCUAUAGUCCCUUUAGCUAUUACACUGCAUGUUGCAGGACAGUAAACAGGCAUUUUUUAAGUCUCAUUAGUUCUGAGAAGACCAUCUUUCAGACUCCCAAAGUCGCAUUUUCUUCCCAUGGGAAGAAAGAUAACACCCAACAUUCUAUUCCUCACAUUGAGGAAAGGAAUUGUUUUAUUCCUGACCUUCAUAUUAGUGGCACUAACAUUACUGGUCUGAGCUGCAGGACCAACAAAACCUUGAAUCUGUAUCUACUGGAUUCAAAUCUCUUUUGGAUAUACGCAGAGAGACUGGGAGCCUCAAGAUCUACUAAUCUUAAAGAAUUUGCUGUCAUUGUUGACCUGAAGGAGGAAGUGCACUAUGUCCUGGAUCAAAAUCAGUCACUUGCUGGAUCUACCCUAGAGAACUUCAUAAAAAAUUUCAGUGUUCUCUACAGUCCCUUGAGAAGGCAUCUUGUGGAUGAGCCCUCAGUCCAUUUUCACGAACAGCGUGUCAUCACUGAAGUGACUGCUGGUACCUUUCAAGAGACUGUGAUUUUGAGUGAAAAGAAUGUGUUGCUGCUCUAUUAUGCACAGUGGUGUGGAUUCUGUGCUUCCCUUAAUCACAUCUUUAUUCAACUUGCUCGGCUUUUGCCUCCAGACAGUUUCACUGUGGCAAGGUAA